GUAAGGGGGGGGGGGUGGCUGGGGGGGGCCUUUCAACCAGUUCUCGGCGUGGAGCUGGCCCCGCACCCCAGUGAAGGCCCGUUUACCAAGCAGCAGCGGGGCAUUUCUCCGCUGCUGCCGCUGCCCUCUCCGCCCUCGGAGCUCUCCCGGGAUCCCUCGUAUUUCCCCGAGCUCGUGAGCCCUGCUCCUCUUCAGCCUGCGCCGCGAGCGACCGCGGGGACCUCGCCAGGCGUGGCGGGCUGGGCCAGCACCCCGCGUGUGGGACUGGAUCUCUUCACCCCAAUGACCCUGCGAGAGGAGCUGAUUGGGUGCCGGUGGUUGGAGCUGUGGAGGUGUCUCCCGGGUGGCAAGUGCGGCCAGAACACCGGUCACUGUUAAGUUUUAAGUCCUCACGUUGCAAGGCCGUGUGUGAGUCUGGUAUAAUUUGGCCUCCCAAGAUUCUGCCUUAGCAAGAAAGAAGUGGAAAAUACUCUUGGAAAGAAAACUAAGAUAAUAAGAAAACCAGAAAUUAUUUUUACAUGGUUGUCAGCUCACCUAUCAAUAUGGACACUUUUCCCACCAAUUUUCCCCCUAGUGGAGACAGUGGGCUGACAAGUUCUCAAGCUGAGUUCCAAAAAAUGUUAAUUGAUGAAAGGUUAAGAUGUGACCACCAUAAAACUAAUUAUCAGACUCUGAAAGCUGAACACACAAGAUUGCAAGAUGAGUACACGAAGUCACAAAAUGAACUUAAACGCCUGUUGAUUGAAAAGCAAAGUAACCAGGAAAAACUUCAGCUGCUGCUUGAAGAGCUAAGAGGGGAAUUAGUAGAGAAAACUAAAGACUUAGAAGAAAUGAAGAUGCAGGUAUUAACUCCACAAAAGUUGGAACUGUUAAGAGCACAAAUACAGCAAGAAUUAGAAACUCCAAUGAGAGAGCGUUUUCGGGAUCUAGAUGAAGAAGUUGAAAAGUAUAGAGCUGAGUAUAAUAAGCUUCGUUAUGAACAUACAUUUCUCAAAUCAGAAUUUGAACACCAGAAAGAAGAAUUUGCACGUAUUUUAGGUGAAGAAAAAAUAAAAUAUGAAUCAGAGAUUGUAAGACUGGAGGAAGAUAAAGAAGAACUCCAUAAGCAGCUGCUUAGUGUGGAUCCCACAAGAGACAGCAAACGAACGGAGCAGCUUCUUCGAGAAAAAGUCCAGUUGUGUCAGAAAUUAAAAGGUUUAGAGGCUGAAGUAGCAGAAUUAAGGGCUGAAAAAGAGAAUUCUGGUGCUCAGGUAGAAAAUGUUCAGAGAAUUCAGGUGCGGCAGUUGGCUGAGAUGCAGGCUACCCUUAGAUCCCUGGAGGCUGAAAAACAGUCAGCUAAACUACAGGCUGAACGCUUGGAAAAAGAGCUGCAAUCAAGCAAUGAACAAAAUACUGUUUUAAUCAGUAAAUUGCAUAAAGCUGAACGGGAAAUAAAUACAUUGACCAGUAAAGUAAAAGAACUUAAACACUCAAACAAACUAGAAAUAACAGACAUCAAACUGGAGGCAGCAAGAGCUAAGAGUGAGCUAGAAAGAGAAAGAAAUAAGAUUCAAAGUGAACUGGAUGGAUUGCAGUCAGACAAUGAAAUUCUCAAAUCAGCUGUUGAACACCAUAAAGUGCUCUUAGUAGAAAAGGAUCGUGAAUUAAUACGUAAAGUACAAGCUGCCAAGGAAGAAGGUUAUCAAAAACUUGUGGCAUUGCAAGAUGAAAAGCUAGAACUUGAGAACAGAUUAGCGGAUUUAGAGAAAAUGAAAGUGGAAUAUGGUGUCUGGAGACAAUCUGAAAAGGAUCAGUGUGAAGAGAAAUUGCGGGCUUCACAGAUGGCAGAAGAGUCGGCCAGAAGGGAACUUCAGAGUAUUAGGUUAAAACUUCAACAACAAAUUGUGAAUAUUGAAAAUGCAGAGAAAGAGAAAAAUGAAAAUUCUGACCUGAAGCAGCAAAUCCGUAGUUUGCAGAUUCAAGUAACCUCACUUUCUCAGUCAGAGAAUGAGUUGCUGAAUUCAAACCAAAUAUUGAAGGAAAUGGUGGAGCGAUUUUUUUUAAAUUUAAGAAGCCAAGCUGAAAAAGCACAACUGGAAGUUGAAAAGACAUUGGAAGAGAAACAGAUACAGUGGUUAGAAGAAAAGCAUAAGCUUCAUGAGCGUAUCACAGAUAGAGAAGAAAAAUAUAAUCAAGCUAAAGAGAAAUUACAGCGAGCUGCAAUUGCCCAGAAAAAGAGAAAAUCUCUUCAUGAAAACAAAUUGAAGAGACUACAGGAAAAAGUAGAAGUCUUGGAAGCAAAGAGAGAAGAAUUGGAAACAGAAAAUCAGGUGUUAAAUAGACAACAUGUUCCAUUUGAAGACUAUACAAGGCUUCAAAAAAGACUAAAGGAUAUACAGAGGAGACAUAAUGAAUUUCGAAGUUUAAUUUUGGUUCCUAACAUACCUCCAACAUCAUCCAUCAAUCCUGUUAGUUUUCAGUCAUCAACCAUGGUUCCAGGCAUGGAACUAGCCUUUCCUCCUCAUAUGCAGGAGGAACAACAUCAAAGAGAACUCUCUCUACUUCGUAAAAGACUAGAAGAACUAGAAACAACACAAAGAAAACAACUAGAGGAACUUGGAUCUCCUGGAGAAUGAUGUUUUUUUUGGAGAGAAGGUAGAUCAAAACGGAUGAAUCAGUGACUCAGUAAAGCUUGAAGUUUUAACGUACGUGGCAUUUACUUUGUUGCUGUUUGCCAAAACACUUGAAUUUGCCUCAGGUGCCAGCUACAUGCUGUAUUGCAUACGUGUCAGGAUUUUAGGAUUAUACUAAUGACAAGUAAAGCAUGAAGACAGCUUCAGAGAUAUAAUAUUGACAAUUCUUUGAGAAUGUAAAAAAAUGAAUAAAUAAAAGGAAUUAGAAAAUCAAGUUUUAAAAUUAAUUUUAUGUUGAAUUGGUUUGGCAUUUUGCCUGAAAUAUACUUGUGUUGAUUUCCCUUGUCCUCUUUGACGUGCCUGGCAAUAGCGUACCUGGUCAGUAAACAUUUUAUGGUUUAAAUAUACUAUAUAUGAGUUAUAAACCUCUAGUUCUUGAAAAAAGGUGAUAAUUUAAAGGUCAGCAUAAAAAGUUAAAAGUAUCUAAAUAUGCAUUCAUUACAAAAUGCUACCUUUUCUAAAAGCUGUGUGUAAUAAUUUAUUAAAGAGCCUAAUAUUUUUCUAUCUA